ACCCCUCCCAAAUCCCAAGACCCUCUCCCCUACCCCCCCCCUUGGCUCGGACUCCUCCCUUUCUCCCGCGCCCCACCUCUGGCCAUCCCGCCCAACCUAUUCAAUGGAGUGCAACCUCUAUUUCUAGCUUUUAGUUAAUGGCUUCUCUCCCCACCUCGCGCCUCCUUACUUCCCGAACUAGCGCCUCUUCCGCCUCGAACGCGGAGUCCGCGUCCCGCUCCCCUGCAUUGUCGCGCGCGCGCGCGAGCUCUAUUUCCCGCGGAACCUGCGGUUUCGCGAAAGCGUAUCCCGCGGAACAACAAGCCCCAUUCGCGCAAUCCCCUUCCGGUCACGCGCGGAAUAAGCCUUCCGCCAGCGCCGCCCCCGUGACCGGCGCAUCGAGCCAAACAGUCCUCGCCGGCGACGAAUCUCGACCGUCGGAUCUCGUCGAAACCCCCUACUGCCCGCUUCCCGCGAUGGCCGAUCCGUCCGAUGCGCUCGUGCUCGCGCUGCACGAGGUCGAAGCCGUGAAAUUCGGCAAUUUCAAACUCAAGAGCGGAAUCUGGUCGCCGAUUUACAUAGAUCUUCGCGUGAUCGUAUCGUAUCCGAAUCUUCUGCAGCAGGUCGCGGACGCGAUGUGGGCGUUAGUCUGCCCGUCCGUUGUCGGCGAGUCCGACGCCGCUGCGAAAUUCGACGUCGUUUGCGGCGUGCCGUACACCGCGUUACCCAUCGCCACGGCCAUUUCGCUCUCGCGAAACGUGCCCAUGGUCAUGCGGCGAAAGGAGGUGAAAGGGUACGGAACGAGGAAGGCCAUCGAAGGGGCCUUCAAAACCGGCCAGCACUGCCUCGUUAUAGAGGACCUCGUUACAAGCGGAGCGUCCGUGAUGGAAACCGUAGAUCCGCUAAACGAAGUCGGGUUGAACGUAACGGACGUGGUUGUCCUUAUCGAUAGGGAACAAGGCGGCGCCGCCCAUCUGGCGGCGCGGGGUCUGCGGCUCCACGCGGCGCUCACCUUGACACAUGUCGUGACAGCAUUGGUCAAGCACGGCAAGCUGACGAAUGACGUGGCAGAGUCCGUUACGAAGUUCAUCGCGGAAAAUCAAACCGCGAAUCCCGGCGCUGCCCCCGCGCCUGCUGCGACAGUUUCCCCGGUAACAGCCGCCCCUUCGCCAGCUGUGGUUUCGCGAAAGUCGUACGCCGCUCGCGCGGACCUGGCGAAGAACGAGGUGGGGCGGCGGCUGUGGGAGAUCAUGGAGCGCAAAAAGACAAACCUGUCGGUGGCUGCUGACGUGGAGUCGGCGGAAGAACUGCUCAAGCUGGCGGAAACGAUUGGCUCUGAGAUCUGCGUGCUCAAAACCCACGUGGACAUUCUGCCUGAUUUCACUCCUGAGUUCGGCAAGAGAAUCCGAGAGAUCGCCACCCGCCUGGACUUUUUGGUGUUUGAGGACCGCAAGUUUGCAGACAUUGGCAACACGGUUACCAUGCAGUACAGCGGCGGCAUCUACAAGAUCUCCGAGUGGGCUGACAUCGUCAACGCGCAUGGCGUGCCGGGGCCAGGCAUCAUCAAGGGGCUCAAGCAGAAGGGCGGCUCUCUCCUGCUCUUGGCCGAAAUGAGUUCUGCGGGCACGCUGGCCCACUCCACUUACACUGCAGCCACGCUGCGAAUGGCUCUCACCGAUCCCGAAUACGUGAUCGGAUUCAUCUCCAUCAACCCAGGGGGGUGGAGGAAUGGCGACACUGCUGCAGCUGCCAGCAGUGGCGCAUGUGCGGAGCUAGCAGCAGCAGUGAAGGAGGCGGAGGCAGCAGGGGUGUGGGACACCCUCGUGCACAUGACGCCGGGGGUCCAGUUGGCCGCAGGAGGGGAUGCACUGGGCCAGCAGUACAACACACCACAAGCGGUGAUCAAGGAGCGAGGGUCCGACAUCAUAAUUGUGGGCCGGGGAAUUAUCAAGGCAGCGGACCCGCUGGAAGCUGCCAGGAAGUAUCGGGAGGCUGGCUGGGCGGCGUACGAAGCAAGCCUUGCUGCUGCUGCAGCUGCUGGCACUGUUUAGAAGGCGAGAGCUUGGAAGCUGGAAGCCUUGGGAGAAGACGUGGCUUUGGCAGGUGUGAGCGUGCAAGUUUGGCGCGCAUGCGCAGCGGCCAGGCCACCGUUGCCGCGAUUUGAAGCCAGAUGUGGAUCUCGGAGGAAGUUUUGGGAGGACUGGGCAAUGUUUUAAAAUCUUAGAAAUUGUUUCAGAGUUGUAAGCUUCUGGGUGAAGCAUUUGUAACAUUCAUUUGGAAUCUUAAAUUUAUGUGCA